CAGCACUGAGGGCUGAUGGGAAUUCAGUCUUUGGUGCUGGUGAAGGUGUUGUGUGGAUGAACAAAGUUGAGUGCAGAGGAAAUGAGAUUCACCUGUGGGACUGUCCUCUCUCCCUGAAUAACCACACUGACUGCUCCCACAAAGAGCACGCUGGACUCACUUGUGCAGAUGUGUCACUGUCCACUACUCCUGCCACAACAUCAUCAGCUUCUCCUCCAGUUUCUCCUCAAGUGCGCUCAACAUCAGUCUUUCCUCCACAAACUCCUCCACCAGUGUCUUCCCCAGUGCUUGUGAUUGUUCUGGGAGUUGUGCUCUUACUGCUCUUAGUGCCACUGCUUAUACUGAUUCAGCAGAACAGAGUGAUGAGGAGAGCUCUCUCUAAGAGGAGACACAGGAUGAUGUCUGAGGCCAUUUAUGAGGAGAUUCAGCACAUAAACAGUCUCUUCACUCAUAGGGAUGACUUACCAGAAAACUAUGAUGAUGUUGUCAUUGUACGACAGUUGUCCAGUGAUAAACCAGAGGGUGUUCAUGAGGAGUAUGAUGAUGUGAAGAAUGUCUCAGAGUAUAUGAGUGACAUGUUUGACUAUGAUGAUGUGGAGGAGGAACCAGGAAAAACGGGAAGAAACUGACUACUCUUAUAAGUGUUAUAAGUUUC